GCUUAGUUGUCAGAGUUCUUUCAUGGUGAGGCGCAAUGGCCGCCGAUCAAGAGCAAUUUUACCAAAUACUAACAACCCUUUUAUCCACGGAUAAUAACAUUCGGACCCAAGCAGAGGAACUUUACAACAGUUUGCCUGUGGAAGCAAAAAUCAGCCAUCUUCUAGGGGCGAUUCACAAUGCCGGUCUUGGGGACGAAGCGAGACAAAUGUCAGCGGUCCUCCUCCGCCGACUUUUCGCAAAUGACUUUUUGGAAUUCUUCCCAAAAUUGCCACCAGCGAGCCAAGCCCAACUCAAAGAGCAGGUCCUUUUAGCCAUCCAACAGGAUCAGACAGAGCAACUAAGACACAAAGUGUGUGAAGUUGCUGCUGAAGUGGCUAGAAAUUUAAUUGAUGACGAUGGUAACAACCAGUGGCCUGAAUUCCUCCAGUUCUUGUUCCAAUGCGCCAACGCCCCAAAUAACGUCCUCAAAGAAGCAGCUCUUCAGAUGUUUACAAGUGUCCCAGGUGUUUUUGGUAAUCAACAAAACAACUACUUGGACUUGAUCAAACAAAUGCUGAUGCAAAGUCUGGCCCCAACUGAGGCUUAUGAAGUCAGAUUUCAAGCUGUGAGGGCUGUAGGCUCGUUUCUUUUAAUCCACGACAAAGAAACGCAGAUUUUGAAACAUUUUGGCGACUUGCUCGCCCCCAUGUUGAAUGUUAUUGCUGAAAGUGUGCAACAACAGGAUGACGACACGCUGUUGAAGGUUCUCAUAGAUCUAGCUGAAAACACCCCAAAAUAUCUCAGACCUCAACUGUUACCCAUCUAUGACAUGUGUAUGAAAAUAUUCAGCGAUGCAGGGGCCUUGGACAGUUGGAGACAGCUUGCUUUGGAAGUGAUGGUAACACUUGCUGAAAUGGCACCCGCAAUGGUCCGAAAAAAUGCGGGAAAAUACAUGGAGCAACUCAUUCCUCUUAUCUUGCAAUUCAUGGCUGAUUUAGAAGAGGAAGAGGGUUGGGCAGAAGCUGAUGAAAUUCUUGACGAAGACAACGACGCCAAUAACGUGGUUGCUGAGGCAGCUUUAGACCGACUUGCUUGUGGGUUAGGUGGUAAGGUGAUUUUACCCCUCGUAACUCAAAACGUCCCUGCUAUGUUGGCAAGUCCGGACUGGAAGCAGCGCCACGCUGCCUUGAUGGCCCUCAGUACCAUCGGUGAAGGGUGUCAUAAGCAGAUGGAGGGUAUGUUGCCCCAAAUCAUGGAUGGAGUCCCUGGAGUGAUGGAAGGAGUUUUGAGAUACCUCCAAGAUCCCCAUCCUCGGGUCAGAUAUGCAGCUUGUAACACCAUUGGUCAACUUUCAACCGAUUUUGCCCCCGUCUUUGAGAAGAAAUUCCAUGACAGGGUCGUACCUGGCCUACUUAUGUUAUUGGAUGAUAAUUGCAAUCCAAGAGUGCAGGCUCAUGCCGGAGCGGCUUUGGUUAACUUCGCUGAAGAUUGUCCUAAACACAUUCUGACAACGUAUUUGGAUAGUUUGAUGUCAAAAUUGGAAGGGAUUCUAACAGCGAAAUUCAAAGAAUUGGUCGAGAAAGGUACCAAAUUGGUUCUCGAGCAAGUCGUGACAACUAUCGCUAGCGUUGCCGACACUGCAGAAAACGAAUUUAUCGCUUACUAUGAUCGCUUGAUGCCCUGUCUUAAAUACAUAAUCCAAAACGCGAGUAAAGACGAACUGAAGCUUCUUCGAGGCAAAACAAUUGAAUGUGUCACCUUGAUUGGUAUGGCCGUUGGUCCUGAGAAAUUCAUGUCUGACGCGACUGAAGUCAUGGAUAUGUUACUAAAAACGCAUGGGGAGGGCGCUGAAUUACCCGACGAUGACCCUCAAACCAGCUACUUGAUUUCCGCUUGGUCCCGGAUUUGCAAAGUUUUGGGCAAAAACUUCGAACAAUAUCUACCAUUGGUCAUGGGUCCUGUUAUGCGAACAGCGGCCAUGAAGCCCGACGUGGCCCUAUUAGAUAACGACGACAUGCAAGGAAUCGAAGGAGAUGACGACUGGCAGUUCGUAUCCCUCGGUGAACAAAAGAACUUUGGCAUACGGACAGCCGGAUUAGAAGAUAAAGCCGCUGCGUGUAUGAUGCUUGUUUGUUACGCUAGAGAGUUGAAAGAAGGUUUCGCCAACUAUGCGGAAGAAACGGUCAAGUUGAUGGUCCCAAUGUUGAAGUUUUAUUUCCAUGAUGGAGUUCGAAACGCAGCUGCGGAGUCGCUUCCAUGGCUUUUGGAGUGUGCGACUUGUAAAGGCCCCGCAUUCGUACAAGACAUGUGGAGGUUUAUUUGUCCUGAAUUAAUGAAAGCUAUAGAUACAGAACCGGAACCGGAAGUCUUGAUGAUUCUCUUGGACUCGCUUGGAAGGUGCAUUCAGACUCUGGGGGCCGGGUGUCUCGACCAGGAGGCCAUGACUGAACUUUUACGUAUAAUAGAUAAGUUGAUGAACGAGCAUUUCGAGCGUGCCGAUGACCGGCAUAAAAAACACCUCGAUGAGGAUUACGACGAAGUGGUUCAAGAGCAACUCGAAGAUGAAGAAUCGGACGAUAUUUACGUCUUGAGCAAAAUUGUAGAUGUGAUACACUCCCUGUUUUUAUCAUACCGGGAGGCUUUUAUACCGUUCUUUGACCAAAUUUGUACCCAUUUUGUCAAUUUGUUGACACCGAAUCGACCAUGGGCGGACCGUCAGUGGGGUAUUUGCGUUUUCGACGACGUGAUCGAGUUCACGGGGCCGGCAUGUGCCAAAUACCAGGGAUUUUUCCUGCAGCCGCUCGCCCUCUACGUCAAGGAUAAGAGUCAUGAAGUGCGACAGGCGGCGGCGUAUGGGUGGGGCGUGUUGGCCCAGUUUGGCGGCGAGCAAUUCGCGGGGGAGGUGGCCAAGAUUAUACCCUCGCUGGUAGAGGUGAUCAACGAUUCGGAAGCGAAAGAGGCGAGGAACAUCAACGCGACUGAGAAUGCCAUCGCUGCCGUCACUAAAAUCAUGAAGUAUAAUUCAAAAGGGAUCAAUGUGGAUGAGAUACUUCCGGUCUGGUUUAGUUGGUUGCCCAUAAUCGAGGAGGUGGACGAGGCGCCCCAUGUUUAUGGGUAUUUGUGUGACCUGGUGGAGCAGAACAAUCCGCAUAUUUUAGGUGCCGGAAAUUCAAAUAUUCCUAGGAUUGUUACGAUAAUCGCAGAGGCGUUCUACAGGGAAGUGAUCGAGCCGGGAAAACCGGAAGGGUUCAGAAUGGUGAAUCUUGUGCGGCAGGUGCAGUCCAACGAGUCCUACUUUCAGAGUAUAGUACAGACUUUAGCACCUGAAUUGCAGCAUGCUCUACAUGUUGCUCUUCAUGCGCCGCCUCCAUCUUAGUUGAAUUUUUGUUCGCAAUUUUUUUUAUGAUUUGAACGAAAAAUUUCAAAUGAGUUGUCGCUGAUUAUUUUUAUAUCAUUAAUGUUAUUUUAUGAGAUCUUUUCCAUUAUUUUUUAGAACUAAAUUUCUGAUUAAAAUAUUUCAGCAUGUAAAUAUUUUUCUUUUGCAACUCUGGACUGUAUGUGAUACUCUUCAUUUUGGAUAGCAUCGAGGACGAACAUAUUUUUGAUUGUUAGUGUUUUUAAAUAUAUUGAAAAAUAUCGACAUGAUGUUAAGCCACUUCAAUAAAUCGUGAUUUUCUCUA